AUGCCAUAUUUGUUACAUAGCAGUAACCCUGGAGCUACUCAGAUAAAUUACAACUCACUCUACGUGCCUCAAUUCAAUGUACCUGGUACUUUCGUGGUUGGCGGUGAAGUCGAAGGAAUAGAAAUUCUCCGCCAGGGAGAGUACGAUGUAGAUAAAGACAUCAACAUUCGCCCUGGAGGAAAACUGGUUCUACAAUCUGGUGUAACGUUAAAAUUCCCUCCAGCCAUAGGAAUUAUGGUUGCCGGAAAACUAGAUGCUAGAGGCAAACGGCCUAAUGAUAUAACAUUUACUCUAAAAGAGGAAGUAGUUAUGACUAAUGAAAGUGUUUAUGAAACAGAUUUUGAGCCAACUACGCCAGGUUAUACUGAGCCUAUUGUGCCUAUAAGAUUAUUAGGUGGUAGAACACAGCAUGAAGGUAGGUUGCAAGUGAGGAUUGAUGAUAAAUGGGGAACAGUGUGCAAUUAUAGAUGGAACAUAAUUAAUGCAGCCUUGGUUUGCAAUCAACUUGGUCUUGCACUCAAUCCAGACGAUUGGUUCCUGGAACCCAACGAGAUUCCAUCUGCGGGUAUGACCGAAGACAUACUUUUAUCUAACGUGGAGUGUUCAGAAUUCGACAACGAUAUAACAAAAUGUAAAGCAGAAACUAAAGAAAAUUUCGAGAAUUCUUGCACACACGAAAAUGAUGUUGGGAUCCGGUGUUACGAAACAAGUUGGGCUGGAGUAAGAUUCAGUGUUAUAUCCGAACGAGCAGAUUUACAAUACGUGACUAUAGAGAAAGCUGGACUUUUGGAUUAUUCGUCGAAUAUUUUCAAGCCUGCUCUUCAGAUAGAUUUUGCACGACAUAGCUUAGAAAGUAUCAAAGUGAAUAACAACUACCACGAUGGCUUAGGAAUACUGUAUUCAGAUUUGUAUGGAGCUGAUGCAGUCAAUACCGUGCGUAACUCUGAAUUUAGUAAUAACAGAGGAAGUGGUAUAAGUUUUAAACAACUUGGACUAAAAGUAUACGGUUCUGUCAUUGAAAAUAAUAACCUAGCAGGUAUCUCACAUAACCCGCAUAUUCCUGGUCAUCAGCAAAGAGAAAUAGCUGGUUGGUUUAAUUUAGAUCCUGGAUUCAACAUGGACGAAUCUAAUUAUCAUCCGAUCAUGAUUCCAGAGUACGAAACAGACAUAAGUCUGAUCAAUGGUGAAACCAGACACAUAGUUUUCACAAAACGUAACGGAGAAAGUGUUUCUAAGACAUACAAUAUCAAAUGCAAUCCAGGAUAUGUUCUCGGGCUACAACUUCUAAAUCCUAUACACAACUUCUCACAGAAAGCAUUUGCAUAUACGAUUCCCAAAAUAUUAACGAAGGUAGUACAAAAUGGUGUCUCGAUCGUGAUCUGUCGACAUUCCCUACGACCAGUAGCAGUUUUGGCGUUGUCAUAA